ACUUCCCCUCCUCGCUGUAUCCCCAUUAUUGAAUCUUUCGGUGAACCGUUCCACGAUAACCCUAUUCGUCAACUCAUCGACGCGUUAAAAUUAAAAUCUCCAAUCGAAAGAACCAAUCAUCGCGAGCUUAGGGAUUAAACACCGUUCGGUUAACGACGAGGCACGAAUUACCAUAUCGCAUCGAUCUCGGCUCCUCUCCAAAUCACCGUUCCAACCGAGAGAAUCGAGCACGAUGUCUCUUCAAACCCGUCUAUUCGAUUCCAUAGAUUUCUUCUCCUUCUCCUUUCCCCCUUAUACGUUUAUAACGCGUUGAGAAAGAGAGACAGAGAGAGAGAGAGAGGGAGAGAGAGAGGAGGAUUCAACUCUUGCAACGCCAUCGCGAAACGGUUGGUCGAAAUCGAAGAAGAGGCGAUGCCCGGAGGGGCAACCUGAAUAACAGUAAAAAUCCAAAGGGGAAAGAAAGAAAGAGAGAAGGAAAGGAAGAAAGAAAAAAAUAAGCGCGCGACCGGCUGAUCGAGUAAAAAGCGUGAAAAAAAAAAAUGAAAAAAUAAAAAAUAGGCUCUUGCAUCCUUCCUCGUGGAUAAGACCGGUCGAUCGGCCCCCACGAGGCUUAGUACUUGGUGAACCGUUCACGGGAAGGCCACGUAUCACGCGAAUCAAACGUUUUGCGCGAUCGUUGUUGCGGGAUCGUCGAAGGGAAGGGUUGAACAACGUGGCCUAGGUCAGAGAGUGCUCAGCCAGAAGAGACAGACACUUGUUGACAUGUCUCCUUUCUUCUCCGUCCUCCUCGUCCUUCUCUCCUCCUUCGAUCUGUCGAAAUCAGCUGCGAAUGGGGCUCUCGAAUCAACAAGCACGGAACCAUCUUCGGCUCCUCGAUCGAUAAAUGAUUCGACGAGUUACGUGGACGAACAAUUCCGUAACAAUUCCGAAUCGGUGGAAACUUUGUUCGUUCCCGAGGAUCUGGAUCAGUACAAACAGAUGGUGGAAUUCGUGCGGAAAUUAUUCGAACGCGUGGGACAAUCGAUCGACAGGAAGAGGCUCGUAAACGGCGAUAAAGGAGGCGCGGGCGACGUUGAUAAUAAUAGCAAGAUCGAUCGAUUUUCGAAGGUGGGACACGCGGAGACGAGGAAUUCAAGGCCGUCGGAUGGAGGAAAGGACGAGGAAAAAUAUUUGCAGAGGUAUCCCGAGGGUGGUGGAGUUUCUCCGGCGGGGAAUAAUGGAAAGGAAUACGGAGUAACUUGGAUGGAAAGGAACAAUUAUCAGGGUGAUCACAAAAUCCAACCCGACGAGCACGAUUUGUUAGAGGCGGUUAAUUUUGGCCUCGACGCCAUGAACGAGUUGUACGCGGUCAAGGAACCGAUGCUCUACUCGAUGGGCCUUUACCUCGAUUCGGACAAUCCUGCAAGGCACGUGGCAAUUUUUAACGACCAAACAGAGGAAGCAAGAAUGCUCGCCAAGUACGGUUACGCUGUUCUCCAGGGCGCCACGUUGUUCAAAAGAAAAUUCCCGAACACGCCGACGGACACGCUUCUGUCUCUACGUCGGAGUCAAAGCGAUCCACUCCGACGUAGCUGCCCGAACAGAGGAGUUCCAGACUGUCCAGCGGCUAGUUUGAGAUACAGAACGUCCGAUGGAAGCUGUAACAACCUGAAGCAUCUCUGGUGGGGCUCGGCCAUGUCCACGAUGGAAAGAUUCUUGCCACCAAUUUACGGGGAUGGAAUUCAGAGUAUCAGGAGAUCGAUAACCGGAGGGCCGCUUCCCAGCCCGAGACUGAUAAGCGCGAUAAUUCACAAGGACAAAGAUGUUCCUUUGGAGUCUGUCACUCAUAUGCUGAUGCAGUGGGGGCAGUUUAUCGACCAUGACUUGACAGCCACCGGACAAAGCAGAGGAUUUAACGGCAGCGUGCCGCAGUGUUGCCUGAAAUCUGGCUUAGGCUUCCAACCGCCGGAAUUUAUGCAUCCAGAGUGUUUACCGAUACCGGUCAGCCCGCAAGACCAUUUCUUCGGCCCUCUGGGUAUCAGGUGUUUGGAAUUCGCUCGCAGCGGUCCGGCGCCGAAAGAAGACUGCGAGUUCGGGCCCAGAGAGCAAUUGACGCAAGUGACGAGCUACCUGGAUGCUUCCAUGGUGUACAGCAGCCACCCGUUCGUCACGGACUCUUUAAGAUUAUUUCGAAACGGUCUGUUGCAGUACGGAAAGAUUCAGUCGCACAGGCCGGUGCUGGCCAAAAUGGAUCCCGACAUUUGCAGACGCGGGUCGUUAUCCACGAGCUGCUUCAAAGCCGGCGACGGCCGGCUUGUCGAGCAGCCCGCCCUCACUUCCCUCCACGUCGUUUUUCUCAGGCUGCACAAUAGAAUAGCGACGAAACUUGCCGCGUUGAACGCUCAUUGGAGCGACGAGAAACUGUUUCAAGAAUCCCGGAGAAUCGUCGCCGCCAUUGUCCAGCACAUCACCUACAGAGAAUUUCUGCCCAUUGUCCUUGGUCAGGACGUGAUGAGGAUAUUCGGGCUGGAACUGCUGAGCGAAGGAUAUUACGAGGGCUACGAUCCAAAUGUGAACCCGACCGUCGCGAACGCGUUCUCCACGGCCGCUUAUCGCUUCGGCCACUCCCUGGUCCAGCACAGCUUCGUCCGCUUCGACAGCGACCAUCGGCCUAUUUUCAACAAUGUCUCGAUUCACGACGAGCUGGCCAAUCUCGGCGAUUUGGAGACAGCGGGAUCCGUGGACCGCCUUCUUCUCGGCCUGAUCAAUCAACCCGCCCAGAGAAGGGACGAGCACAUAAGCGAAGAACUGACCAAUCACCUGUUCCAGACUCCCAGCUUCCCCUUCGGGAUGGAUCUGGCUUCCAUCAACAUCCAACGGGGAAGGGAUCACGGGAUCCCCCCCUACGUCCGCUGGAGAGAACCCUGCGCCCUGUCCCCCAUAAGAGACUUCGACGACUUGGACAAAGUUAUCCCGCCGUCCACCGCGAGCAAGUUCAGAUCGGUCUAUUCGUCGGUGGAGGAUAUCGAUUUAUUCAGCGGCGGGAUCGCGGAGAAAUCGGUGAAGGGUGGUUUGGUGGGACCCACGUUCGCCUGUAUAAUCGGCCAACAGUUUAAUAACCUUCGUCGAGGCGAUAGAUUCUGGUACGAGAAUUCCGAAAACGGUUUCACGGGUGGACAGCUUCGACAAAUCAGACGCGUCACCCUGUCCCAGGUUCUCUGCAUCACGAUGGACGAUAUCGAGACCGUUCAACCGUUCGUGUUCUUGACACGAGACACCUUGAAGAAUCAACCCCUGCCCUGCAACGAUUCCCUCCUUCACCGAUUCAACUUGGAAUUUUGGGCGGAGGGUAGCGUGCAGGAUCCUCCCUUUAGAAGAAGGGGGAUACUGGACACUAUAAAGAAGAGGAUCACCUCGACCGGAGGUGCAACCCCUGCCCCGGAGAGCGUUGCCACGUCGACCACGUCGAGGAGCGUUCCUCAGCAAGGCGCGAUAGCACCGCACAACAACUUAAAUCCCCCGAAGGCGAGCAUCCAUCAGCAGAAUAGGAUCGUAGUGAAGAAACCGUUGCACCCGUCCGACAACCUCACCAUAGUCGUGCAAAAUAACGCCAUCAAUUCCCCCGUGUUCGUGAACGACGCCAUUUACGGGUCCGACAUAAGGGUGAAUCCUUCCCUCAAUCAACAAACCCGACAGAAGGAGACGCAACAGACGGACGUCCCCCACGGAUUGCUGCAUAUCCCCGUCCACGUGUCCCCGCCGAAACCCAUACCCACGGUCCAUCCUUUGGCGAAUCCUUUUCACGCGGAUCGCCCUUACGUCCCCUACGCGUUCCACGACCCGAAUAACCCGAACCCAACGAUCCGCAGGCCGACUUACUCCGAGGACGUGGUGUUCGACAGUUUCCCCGGCACCAGCCCCAGGCCGACUUUGUACACCUACUACACCAAUUUCCUGAAGCCGGCCGGCACGCGCACGCCGAUUUACGCGACCUGGAACCAACAACAAGAUCGAGGCUCCUCCGACCAAUUGCACAACGAUCGAUCCGACAUUUGGCAGAAAUUGCACUAUCGAUCUUCGCCUUCGCCCGGAUCUUUCACGAGCCGACCUUUCACGGAAGCGGCGAGCAGCGAAGCCAAGCAUUCCGAAAAUAGAUACACCGCGGUGUCCUCGGAUCACCGUUCGAGCGCUGCGCCUCAUCGAACGGGAUCCAACGAUCGAGAACCGACCAGCCACGAUCAUCACGGGUUUGCGGCGAGCUUGAACGAGAAGGGAAGCGGCGAUCCUAAUUCGAGCUCCUCCGCAACGAACGACCGACUCGGUCAUCCGGAUUCGACCGGGGAUCGUACAACUGUUCCAUAUUAUUCGAACGAUCGCUCGUCCGAGGGGACGAGUUUCUAUCAGAGUCUUGCGACGCGAGAUCCAUCCAAGAAUCACGGUGCGACGACGGAGGGGACGACGAGCGAAGCGGGGUAUAAGAUUGUUAAAAUGGAGGAUCGGGUUACGAGUGAAAUUCCGAAACCAUUCACCGUUCGAUCGGACAACAGAGCGAGGAAGCCUGGUCAGUAUUAUUACGAGAGGAAUGUGUUGCGUCGAUAUCCGGACGAUACGAAGACGGUGGAGGAUCGGGGGGAGAGUUACAGCGGUGGGGAGGCAUCGAUCGGCGAUCGAAUCUUUAUAGGUGGUUCCGUGAGAAACGGCGAGCAGAUUGUCGACGGAAAUGCGAACGACGCGGAUGCGAUAGGAACGAUGAAUCAAAGGAGGAACGAAUCGUUGGAAGGCGAUGACGUGGACCGGGGCCUUGAUGAAGAGGCCUUCUCGGACGAGAUUGAAACGGCUGAGCCGAGAUAUAGUGAUUGGUUGAAUCCGGAAGAGGACCCGAGCCUGUCGUCGGUUUUCGAGAUGCCAAAAAUCCCAUCGAGCGAAGCCACGGCUGCCAAGGAAUUGCCUAAGCCUAUGACGAGGCUGAAAAACUACGCCUUCUAAAAAAAAUUCCCCUCCCGAUUCCCUUGACACCAUUUUUCUUUUCUUCGAUCCUCUUCGUCCAUUUACGCCGUGCUCUUCCGAUAGAUGACCAAUUAGUUUAAUCUACGACGUAUAGAUAUAUUUACCAACAUUAGUAUUUAUUACUCUUAGAAAAUAUUCUCACCACGUGUAGCAUGAUAAUUUGAGUAUCGUGUUUCGAUAAGAUUAUUAGCCGAUAGUGUGCAAGAUACACGGUUAUUUAUAUAUAUAUACGCGGAAUAACUCACGCGACGAGCUCGUAUUGCACAAUGAUUGCAUGCGCUAAACCAUUUUCUGAAAGGGUCGGAUGGAAUGUAGCCUAGUUUUAUGCCAAUUUUAAACCGUCUCACCACGCUGCCUGGAACCACUAUUUCCGUACUAUUUUCAGACACGCAGUCCCCCGCGUGUCGUUGCAUCUCAUGUGCUCCACGCGGACUGGUAAUUUUAAUCGCAACAAUUUUAAUCGCGCCUCCACUCCGAUUAAGUGUUUUUCGAUGUAUGACGAAGCAUUUCUCUUGACGAGCACAAGAGUUUAAUCGAACACGUUGCUUCCUUCCGAUUCAAACGCGAGAAUGAUACGAAUGUAAGGUUGUCUAUUAGUCGUUUCUUUGACACCUUUCUUUCUUUCCUUCCUUCCUUCUUUCUUUUCUCUCUCUCUUCUUCGUUGAAAAGAGAUUCGUAGAGACGAGGGUAAUUAAACAGGACGACAAAGUUAUUCUCGCGCCCAUUUAGAUUAUAUUUAUACAUCGUACGAUUUCUACCAAGUUAGAAUUAGAAUCAAAGUUGCGUCGCUUUUGCACGGAGGAAAAAAGUUUUUCAGGAAAAUCGUUGGCAAAUAAAGCUCGAAUUACUCGAGGAAAAUUCGGUCUUAUCGAGACGUCCUUAAACGAAACGUUGUCUGUGCUAGCUUCAAAUUCAACUUCGCUUGGAAAGUUCUUGCCUGCGAGGUACUACGUUCCGUACCUUUGUCGAAUCUUACUUUUAACAGUGGCGAAAUUGGAAUUUCUUUUGUUGUUGGCGAAAUAAAAUAAAAAUUGCGAUCGAAAUGAAACGUUGAAUGCAAUAAAAAUUGAAAAUAAUUGGUUGGUGAUUUUUAAUCAUUUUCAUUUUUUCGAACGGUAUAGAAAUUUUAAUUUUUUCCCGUGUAAAAAGGUGGUAAUUUUCCACGAGGAUAUUUUCGUUUGGAUUUCACGGCGGAAAGCAGAUGACUAUUCGGUCCAAGUGGUCGCCAGGCAGUGGUUUUCGGGUCAGCGGAGAACACAGAGGCAACAGAGUCGAUCGAAAUGCAGUUUUCGAUGUCACGACCUGAAUCCGAUGUUUUUGUGGUUUGCUACGUGUUAACCAAACUCGAUGAUGAGAAACGAUGGAAACUACUCGAUUUGAGUAAACCUGUUCGUUCGAGCGAUUCGUCUCGAUCCCGUUUAUUGCAACACCAUAAACGACAAAGCAUUUACAAUUUACGACAAUAAAAAUUAUGCCGUGAAAUGAAAAAGAAGAAGAAAAAAAAUUCGCGAAAUUUCAAGGUGAUGAUUGUUUGCUUGGGAAAAAAUUGAAUUUAUUGAAUUUUCCAAUUCCAAUUUUCUUCUUGAUUAGAAAGAACGAUACUUUUUUCUGGUGGUAUGUCUUUUUUUUUUCUUUUCUUUUCUUUUUCAAGAAACUAGCUUCGGUUAAACUAGUCCACAAAAGUGGAUCUCUUCGUGAAAGCUUGGUCGAACUUGUAUAGAAUACGAAUAAAAAGAGCCAAUUGUAACCGCA